AUGGCGGCGCCCGGUCCUCACGCGUGCCCCCCCGGCGGGACGGGGCGGACGGUGCUGGUGCGGGGGCUGCCCCCCUCGGCCCGCGCCGCCCAACUGGAGCGGGAGUUCGGGCAGGUGGGGCCGGUGCGGCGGGCGGUGGCCGUGACGGCGCCCGGCGGCGAGGCGUGCACCGGGCUGGGCUUCGUCUGCUUCUCCCUGCCGGAGGAUGCGCAGCGGGCCCUGCGCGAGAUCCGCACCUUCGGCGGCCGCCGGGUCAGCCUGGCGUUGGCGCGGCCGAAGCGGCGCAGGGCGGGAGGCGGAGGCGGCGCAGAGGCCCCCCCGGAGGCGCCCCCGCCGGCGCAGCAGCCCCCCAAGGCCAGGGGGCCCCCCAAGAAGGCCCGGCUGAUCGUCCGCAACCUCAGCUUCAAGUGCACCGAGGGCGACCUGAAGAGCGCCUUUGCUCCCUUUGGGACCGUCCUGGAAGCCUCCCUGCCCAGGAAACCAGAUGGAAAGCUGCGCGGCUUCGCCUUUGUGCAGUUCAGGAAUGUCCUGGAAGCGGGAAAAGCCCUGAAGGGGAUGAACAUGAAGGAGAUCAAAGAGCGUCCGGUGGCUGUGGAUUGGGCGGUGGCCCGGGAGAAGUACCAGGCUGCGCAGGCAGAAGGUGUCCCUGACGGAGAGGGGCCUGCCCCAGAGCAGAAGCAGCACCGCUCGGAUGUCGCAGAGGGCCGGACUGUCUUCCUCAGGAACCUGUCCUUUGACACGGAAGAGGAGGAGCUGGGGGAGCUGCUGGAGCAGUUUGGGGACCUGAAGUAUGUCCGGAUUGUCUUGCACCCUGACACGGAGCACUCCAAGGGCUGUGCCUUUGCCCAGUUUGCCACCCAGGAAGCUGCCCAGAAAUGCCUGCAGAUGGCACAGGAGGAGAGCGAGGCUCGGGGGCUCCAUCUGGGGGGCCGCCGUCUCCGGGUGGACCUGGCCGUCAGCCGUGAGGAAGCCCAGCAGCUGCGGAGCACAAAGGCCCAGAAGCCGACUGGCACCCGCAACCUCUACCUGGCCCGGGAAGGCUUGAUCCGGGCCGGCACGAAAGCGGCGGAGGGGGUCAGUGAUGCUGACCUGGCCAAAAGGGCCCGGUUUGAGGAGCUGAAGCGGCAGAAGCUGAAGGACCAGAACGUCUUUGUGUCCCAGACGAGGCUCUGCGUCCACAACCUGCCCAAGAGGGUGGAUGAGGCCGCCCUGCGGAAGACCAUGCUGCAGGCGGCGGAGGGCACGGCCGGUGCCAGGAUCAAGGAGUGCCGGGUGAUGCGGGAGCUGAAGGGCCGGGGCCAGUCCCUGGGGUACGCCUUCGUGGAGUUCCAGCAGCACCAGCACGCCCUGCUGGCCCUGCGCCAGGUCAACAACAACCCCCGGCUCUUUGGGGACCAGAAGCGGCCUAUUGUGGAGUUCUCCCUGGAGGACGGGCGGAAGUUGAAGCUGAGGGAGCAGCGCACCGAACGCAGCCGGCAAAACCUGAGGAAGAAGCAAGCAGCUGCCGGGCCAGCAAGUCAGGGGCCAUCGCCCAGAACCGGCCAGCCAGGGGCCCCUCGGAAGCCACCCGGGGGCUUGAAGAAGGCCCCGGGGCCCAAAGGAAGGGCUGGGGCCCCCAGAGGCCCUCAGGCUCCACCGGAGCACAUUGGGCAGAAGAGGAAGCGUCCUGGGCCCCCGCCCAGCCUCCAGGCCCCCAAAGGAGCCGUCUCCUGGUCAGGCUUCCAGACCCGCACGGAGGAGGAGAGGGUGGAGCUGCCGGACGGCACGAAGCGGCCGAGGGUCCUGGCCCUCCCCUCCCACUGGGGACCCAAGAUCAGGAAUCGCGACCAGGGCAAAGCGAAGGGGGCCCCUCCCAGGAAGAAGAAGAAGGCCGGGCCGAAAGAGCGGAAGGCGCCCAGAGCUGCCCCCCGGGUGAGUUGCCUGGCCCGUGGUUGUCCUCAGGGGCCCCAGAGGAGAAAGGCUGGACGUGGCCGGGCGGAGGUUCGUUUCGAGCAGCUGGUGGAGCGGUACAAGCAGCGGAUCCUGGGCGCGGCUGGCAAGGCCGCCCUGCCGGCCAAGAGGAGCAAGUGGUUCGAGGACUGA